GCAACAAUUUCCUGUUAUUCUUUCAACAGACGAAGACGUCCUCUUUCUCCUGUGUAUUUAUCGCGGAAAAUUUAAAACAUUUUACGUCGUCAUAAACUUAUCAAUCCAUAAAGUUGGCUAUAAAAAAUCGUUGUAGACGUUUAUAAAAUAUUCCACCAACAGAAAGCCUGUACGUAAUGAUGGAUGUACGAAUAAAGUACAAACCUCCGUUGACAACAAAAAAGGGGCAAAGUAAAUUAAAAGAAAUUGCAAACGGCAUUUGUGCUAUUUUGAAUAAUGGCUACGAAGGCGGAAGGCUUAUUUUAGAAAACGAAACAGGAUUGUUGACGGCGAAAGAUCAUGAUGAUACAACGCGUACGAUAGAACAAUGUGUAGAAAACUCGUUUCCAAUGGAAAAUUUGAACGAUGUAUUGCAUAAAAGAAAAUAUGGGUUUGACAACAGCGACCGUGAAAUUCAUUUUGAUGUCAAAGCAAUUACUGGACUUUUGCCAAAGUUAUGGAUCGUCAAGUACAAUGUUUGUCAAACCAAUAACUCAGAAGUUAAAAUAAGACAUUUUAGCAACGAACAGUUUUUGAAAUUUCUUGAAGAUAUGGAACAAAGAAAGACAAAUUCCAUUUUAGGUAUGCACGAAAGAAAUUUUUCGUACAAUUGCCCUGUUAAUCUCGAAGAAAGCAAAGAAAUUCAAUUAAAGAUGCCAGAGAAAGUGGAGAAUAUUGUUAAAGAUUGUAAUAAACUCACGCAUUAUAUUUCAGCUUUCGCCAACGGCAACGGGGGAAGUAUUUAUUAUGGCAUUAAAAUGAACGAAGACUCUAAAAAAUACACAGUUUAUGGAGUGAAUGUGGAACACAAUGAGAAAAAAAAUGAAAUAAUUAAGAAUGUUACAAAAGCGAUUGACUGUAUGUUUGUUUGGCCUGUGUUUCAACCGGGCCAAGGUAAAGAAGAAAAAGCAGGUAGUUUAGUGAGAGGAGAAGACUGGGAAAUAUAUUUUGAAAAGGUUUUAAAUGUGGAACCGAAAAACCUCAAGUUUGUUAUUGUGAUCUCAGUGAAUCCUCUCAACCGUGCAGUAUUGAUGAAAAAACCUGAAAGUUAUCGCUUUGAUGCUGAUGAAAAAGUAAGAGAGAUGGAGAUAGAAGAAAUCAAAGAGCGUCUACUCAUGACUAACUACAGACAUAUUUUCUUUCUAGAAGAAAUUUCAGUACCAUUACAGGUUGGGCGUGCUAAAUGGAGUUCAUAUGAGCAAUUCAAAAUUCACGUGACAGUCCUCGAAAAGCUCGUAAGUUAUCGUAACAAUGGUCUUGAUGAGAAAUUUUGUGAGUACAAGAAAGAGCUGCGCGAUUCAGGAGAUUUUAUGAAAAUGUGCUUGGCACAGCAGCAAGAUGCUGCUGAUUGUUUCCGAAAAGGAAAACUGAAGGAAGCUGCUGAAAAAUUGAAAGAGAAUGAGAACUUUAUCAAGAAUAAACUUCAGACACCCCGAAAAUCAAAUGAGAAAUGCCAAGAAUCAAAUAAGAAACACCAAGAAUCAAAUGAGAAACAGCAAGAAUCAAAUGAGAAACACCAAGAAUCAAAUGAGAAACACCCGAAAUCAAAUGCCGCAAUUUAUUUGGUUCGAUACCUGUAUUGGAAAUCUGUCGUAAUGAGGGCUCAAGGGAAUUACGAAGAAAGUGAAACUGAGGCAAUUAAAGCUCUACAGGAUGCAAAAGAUCUACCUGUAAUAUUAGUCAUUCCAUGGCUACAUUUUAAUAUUGGUAAAAUAAAUGAAGCGAAUAUUGUUCGAAAACCCAAUGAAAUAGAAAACAUAAAAAAGAAAUUGAUAAAAUCUUAUGAAGACGCACUUCGUUCCGCCAUUUAUCUUUCAGAUUAUCCCGAGAAGCUGAUCUUUGGUUUAAAAUGUCGAACCAUCAUCAGCAUGGCAAGAGUAUAUUUGGGUUUAUUUUUCGACGGGAGCCAGGUCUUUUACAAACCGUGCAUGAAAGAGGAUGUUUACAAAGCAAAGGAACUCCUUAAAGUAUUAAAAGAUCCAGAAUUUAGCAAACAUUCUAACUUGACGAAGGUUACCAAAGCUGAGAUGCUUGUUGUGGAGUGUGAAUUACUUCUCAGAAUUUGGUUACAAAAAAGGAAAGGAAAUUAUUUGCAGAAUACUUCUGAGAAAGCUGAAGAAGCUUUAAAAAUCGCCAAAGAGAAUAAAUUUGAAGAUGUGAAGAAGCUAGCAAUUUAUAGCACGGGAAAAUGUGAAAAAUUGAUGCAAGAGGAGGAAACGUUAAAUCGAGUGUUCUAACAAAAUGAACAUUGUGUAUUUAUGUAAAUAGUUUUUUAACUUUUUAUGUGUGAUGAUGAAUAAUUGAUCUAAUUUCAUAUCCAUUUUAUAUUUGUGAACAUCUGUAUGAUAACUAUGAUAUGGACCUACUUGUAAAAGUCAUACUCUUUAAAGUUUUUGUCAUCGUUGAUUAAAGUAGCUCUAAGCUUUCAGCAAUUCACACUUUACUUUUUGACAUCAGUAUUUUCUUGAAAAGGUGUAAGCAAAGUCUGUAAUGUGUUCAUUUUACUCUUUUUCUUUAAUGUGUGACAAUACAUUCAAAAUAAAUUGAUCGACAGUCUA